CUCCCAGCCGGCCCGAAGCCCAUGCCCCGGAGCUAGCCAGUGUUGCGGCUGGAGGGGGGCCCGGCUCUGCAUGGCCCCGGCUGCUGCUAUGACUUCUUUGUCACUCGGUGUCAAAGUGGAGGACUCCGCCUUCGGCAAGCCUGCAGGGGGAGGCGCGGGCCAGGCCCCCACCGCUGUCGCGGCCACAGCGACCGCCAUGGGCGCAGAUGAGGAGGGGGCCAAGCCCAAAGUGUCCCCUUCGCUUCUGCCCUUCAGCGUGGAGGCGCUCAUGGCCGAUCACAGGAAGCCCGGGGCCAAGGAGAGCGCCCUAGCGGCGGCGGAGGGCCCGCAGGCGGCGGGCGGCUCGGUGCAGCCGCUGGGCGCCCGGCCGGGGUCACUGGGCGCCCCGGACGCGCCUUCCUCGCCGCGGCCGCUCGGCCAUUUCUCAGUGGGAGGACUCCUCAAGCUGCCGGAAGAUGCGCUGGUCAAGGCCGAGAGCCCCGAGAAGCCCGAGCGGACCCCGUGGAUGCAGAGCCCCCGCUUCUCCCCGCCCCCAGCCAGGAGGUUGAGCCCCCCCGCGUGCACCCUGCGCAAGCACAAGACCAACCGCAAGCCGCGGACGCCCUUCACCACGGCGCAGCUGUUGGCUCUGGAGCGCAAGUUCCGCCAGAAGCAGUACCUGUCCAUCGCCGAACGCGCGGAGUUCUCCAGCUCGCUCAGCCUCACCGAGACACAGGUGAAGAUCUGGUUUCAGAACCGACGCGCCAAGGCCAAGAGACUGCAGGAGGCGGAGCUUGAGAAGCUGAAGAUGGCCGCGAAGCCCAUGCUGCCACCCGCUGCCUUCGGCCUCUCCUUCCCUCUAGGCGGCCCCGCUGCCGUGGCUGCGGCCGCGGGAGCCUCUCUCUACAGUGCCUCCGGCCCCUUUCAGCGAGCUGCGCUGCCCGUGGCGCCCGUGGGACUUUACACAGCCCAUGUAGGCUACAGCAUGUACCACCUGACAUAGGUGGGCAGAGUGGGGCCUAUGGUGCCAGCCCGCACCCCACCCCACCCCCCAGCCGUCUCUUCUAGCUGCUGGAGGGAGCCCUUCCCACAGGCUCCCCUGCCCAGCACCUCCUGGUCCCUUCUGUUUAACUCCCUGCUCCUAUUCCUUCUGGUCGCUGGCUCCCUGGGUUCCUUUUCCCAAUCCCCUCUAAAAAAGUGGCUGGAAUUAUAGAUGGGGAUAACUAACGGCCAGAGAGGCCAAGAGAUUUACCAGCAGAAUUAGUGGUUGAAGGGGACUAGAGGCCAACAGUUAGAGACCACAUCUGCACAGCUGCUCCCUGUCCUGACACCGGGCAGGAAACGCACAGAGAAAUGGCUGUCUGAUGCUCUGGGAAAUGAGAACAGUCUGACAAAGCACACAAGAGAUGGAUCUCACUCAGCUCCUUCCGUUGGUAAAACUCCGAGAGCUCCGAAGCAAAGCGUUGCUGUGGGGACAGGUCACACUAGGUGUGUUACAAAGGUAGGUUGAAAGGACUGCCUUUCCUACGACCAGAAAAAAAAAAAAAUCUGUUUUUAUUUAACAGUACAUUUUUGUGGCUCUCAAGCAUCCCUUUGGAAGGGAUUGUGUGUACUAUGUAAU